UCUCCUCCUCCUUCACCUCUGCCAGUCAGCAGCUGCCCAGAGUGCCUGCUUCCUCCGCCCUGAAACCAUGCCCCUAGGUGUCCUAUGGCUGGGCCUCACCCUGCUGGGGGCACUGCAGAUCCAGGCCCUGGACUCUACCCCGAACCUGAUCCCAGCCCCACCCCUGACCAGGGUCCCUCUGCAGCCAAACUUCAAGGAUGACCAGUUCCAGGGGAAGUGGUAUGUGGUGGGCCUGGCAGGGAAUGCAAUUAACAAAGAAGAAAGAGGCAAGUUUACAAUGUACACCACCACCUAUGAGCUGAAAGAAGACCACAGCUACAACGUCACCUCCACCCUGCUCAGGAAUGGGAACUGUGACUACUGGACCAGAACUUUUGUCCCAAGCUCCCAGCCGGGCCAGUUCACCCUGGGCAACAUUGAGCGGUACCCUAGAAUACAAAGCUACACCGUGAAGGUGGUGGCCACCAACUAUGACCAGCAUGCCACAGUGUUCUUCAAGAAGGCAACCGAGAACGAGGAAUAUUUCAAGACCACCCUCUAUGGGAGAACUAAGGAGCUGCCCCAUGGACUGAAGGAGAAUUUCAUCCGCUUCGCCAAAUCUCUGGGCCUCACAGACAACCACAUCAUCUUCCCUGCCCCAGUCGACCAGUGCAUCGAUGACUGAGUGCUCAUGUGCUGCCAGCUGUCCCACCAGCCACAAUGCCAGUGAGAGCUGGUAGAGUCCUCUCCCUGUGUGCUGAGCCAUCCACCAGGCUGUCCUGCUGAUGGAGCCCCACCUCCCUGCUAAAUAAACACAUAAGCUCUGA